CACGAUCACCACCAAGUGAUCCCAUGCUCCAUCGCGGCGUCCGGCGAUUCUCCAGCCGGCGGUCCUCCCGAAAAGGGACUUCGUACGACGAGGAUGGUGUGUCUUUGAGCUCGAGCUUCGGUAAGAAAACUCUUGCUCAUUUGAAUGCGCAUCUUGCUGCGUUCGAAGACAAAGUGCGAGGUGGGCCGAGGGAGCCAUCGCCACGAGAAAUACGGCGGUGGGAAAAGAUCAUGACCAAGAAGAGCGAGCGCACGUCCACACCAGAGUACUUGGCACAGCCCAUCUUUCGACCAAACAGCGCCGCGCUCGAUCGUUUUGGCAACAAGUCGAUGGUAGACUACGAAGACAAAGUUCCCGUUGGCGUGUUUCCCGGGACUAUCCAUGUUGUGUCGACCGUCGAAGACGAGAUGCACCACCGCGUCGCGCUAGAAAGCAUGUCCGUUGUCGGCAUCGACUGCGAGACGAAGCCCAGUUUAUUUCGGCACCAUGCAUCCAGUCCGAUUGCGUUGGUCCAACUGGCGAGCCACGACACCGCGUUGCUGUAUCGGGUGCGGUGGAGUGGCACGUGGAAUCCAACGUUGGAGUUUCCGGGGCUGCAGCACGUCCUGGCCAACAAGGACACGAUCAAGGUCGGUCAUGGCUGUGCCCUCGACUUCAAAUCGUUGCGCGACUGCCGCAUGGCAUCGCAUAUAGUCAACACGGUCGACACGCUCCCCGUGGCGACCAAGAUCGGAUGCCUCAAGCCCAACCUCCGCGCGCUCGGGAUGAUCUGGCACAAUAUCCAGAUCUCCAAGGCCAUGCAGACGUCCAACUGGGAAGCGCCAGACUUGACGACGGACCAACUCGAAUACGCCGCCACCGAUGCAUGGCUGGCGCGCCAAGUGAUGUUGGGCCUCGUGCAAUUCGAACCGUCGAGGCAGUACGUCACAACGACCCACUACACAAACACGACCGUCGACACGAUCGGAUCAAGUCGAGACGACGUCGUCGCCAAGUUGUGUGCCGUGGCCCAAGAUGAGUUGCACUAGUUCGAACGACGUGUCAAAUGUCGAGGGCACUGCCGUCUUGGUACUCCAACACGUAUUCUUCGUCCGACUCGCCGUGGCUGUCUUGACUCUUUGUAUCGCAACCCCCGCCGUCGAUGCUCGGGUUUAGGCGGGUGGUGGGAAACCAGCCGUGCGCGGCGGCGCUCUGCACGCUGUCGAGUGCCCGAUGGACCACAAAGCCCUCGGUCCAUCCAUUUUCGUCGUGGUUCAAGAUUCCAAUCACAUCCCCUG